GUGGGGCGCCGGGGCGGGGCGGCGAGCCCAGCGCCAACCCGCGAGCGACCGAACCCCGGCGUGCAGCCCGGAUCGCCGCCCGCCAUGGCCCGCGCUGCCCGGCUCCUCGCCGCGCUGGCCGUGCUCCUGGCCGCCGCCGCCACAGGCGGAGAUGCCCGGCCCAGCAAAAUCGCCGUGGUGGGGGCCGGGAUCGGGGGCUCUGCCGUGGCCCAUUUCCUCCAGCAGCACUUCGGCCCCCGGGUGCAGAUCGACGUGUUCGAGAAGGGGACCGUGGGCGGCCGCCUGGCCACCAUCUCAGUCAACAAGCAGCACUAUGAGAGCGGGGCCGCCUCCUUCCACUCCCUGAGCCUGCACAUGCAGGACUUCGUCAAGCAGCUGGGGCUGAGGCACCGGCGAGAGGUGGUGGGCAGGAGCGCCAUCUUCAGCGGGGAGCACUUCGUGCUGGAAGAGACGGACUGGUACCUGCUGAACCUCUUCCGCCUCUGGUGGCACUACGGCAUCAGCUUCCUGAGGCUGCAGAUGUGGGUGGAGGAGGUCAUGGAGAAGUUCAUGAGGAUCUAUAAGUACCAGGCCCAUGGUUACGCCUUCUCAGGUGUGGAGGAGCUGCUCUACUCGCUGGGCGAGUCCGCCUUCGUCAACAUGACCCAGCGCUCCGUGGCCGAGUCCCUGCUCCAGGUGGGCGUCACUCAGCGCUUCAUCGACGACGUCGUCUCUGCAGUCCUGCGGGCCAGCUACGGCCAGUCCGCGGCGAUGCCCGCCUUUGCCGGAGCCAUGUCUCUCGCUGGGGCCCAGGGCAGCCUGUGGUCUGUGGAGGGAGGCAACAAGCUGGUUUGUUCCGGUCUGCUGAAGCUCACCAAGGCCAAUGUGAUCCAUGCCACAGUGACCACUGUGACCCUGCAACAGACAGAAGGGAAACCCUUGUACUAUGUAGAGUAUGAGAACGAGGUGGGCAAUGGCUCUGACUUCUAUGACAUAGUGGUCAUCGCCACCCCCCUGCACCUGGACAACAGCAGCAGCACCAUCAGCUUCGAAGGCUUCGACCCGCCCAUUGAUGCCGUCCAGGGCCCUUUCCAGCCCACCGUCGUCUCCUUGGUCCAUGGCUACCUCAACUCUUCCUACUUUGGUUUCCCCGACCCUAAGCUUUUCCCCUUUGCCAGCAUCCUCACCACGGAUUUCCCCAACUUCUUCUGUGCCCUGGACAACAUCUGUCCCGUCAACAUCUCGGCCAACUUCCGGCGGAAGCAGCCUCAGGAGGCAGCCGUUUGGCGAGUGCAGUCCCCCAAACCCCUCCUCCGGUCCCAGCUGAAGACCCUCUUCCGCUCCUAUUACUCGGUGCAGACGGCUGAGUGGCAGGCCCACCCCCUGUACGGCUCCCACACCGGCCUCCCGCGCUUCGCCCUCCACGACCAGCUCUUCCACCUCAAUGCCCUGGAGUGGGCGGCCAGCUCCGUGGAGGUGAUGGCCGUGGCUGCCAAGAACGUGGCCCUACUGGCCUACAACCGCUGGUACCAGGACCUAGACAAGAUUGACCAGAAGGAUCUGAUGCACAAGGUGAAGACUGAGCUGUGAGGGCUCUGGGGAGAUCCCGGAAGGUCCAUCCCCGCCGACGAUAGAUCACCCCCGCUAGCGGCCACGGUCGGGCAGGCUGCGCUCCCCCGCCAGGCCUCGCUCCGGCCCCUCAUGUGUCGAGCUGCUUCUCCUUCCGGCGUGGGUCCAGGUGGCCCGCUCUCUGCCUCUCUAUCUUAAGGACUCUCUCACAGUGUUUGCUUCUUUUUAAGGGGGAGAAUGAGAGAAGGGAAGGAAAUCCCAGCCCGUGUAUUCAUUUUAUUUAUUUUUUUUAAGAAGAAAUAAAAAUCCACCCUCUCCAGCUGCUUCUGAUUGGGUUUUCUAACUAGAAUACGGGGAUCAUUGGGAGGAAAUACGGGGAAAGAACUAUGAACCAGAUUUCUUUAUUGUUUUUCAUUGCCUACUCCCAAAAUGUGUG